CGGGCCCCGCGAACACCAGCGGCAGGAGCGGCCCCACUGCCUCGGGUAACGCCCUGUGAGUCCCACCUUCCCCUCACGGCCCGGCCGCCCCUGCCCCCGCCGCCAUGUCGGUGGAUCCCAUGGUCUACGAGGCGCAGUUCUUCGGGUUCACGCCGCAGACCUGCAUGCUGCGUGUUUACAUCGCCUUCCAGGAUUACCUGUUCGAAAUGAUGCUGGUGGUGGAGGGCGUGAUGCUGAAGAAGCUGGACAGCAUUCCCGGCUGCAAAAUCAGCCCUUCCAAGAUCCGGAAAUGCACCGAGAAAUUCCUGCUCUUCAUGAAGGAGCACUUCGAUAAACUGUUCUCUAAAAUGGAAGAAAUGCUGCUGCAGCUGGUGCUGAACAUCCCGAAGAACGUGCUGCUGCCCGAGGACAGGGUGCAGGACCAGUAUCCCUACAGCGAGGAGGAAUUCCAGGCGCUGCAGGAUGAGCUGCAGCAGCUGCAGCAGCAGUGCAGGGCACAGGCAGUCCUGGAGCAGGAGCUGCGAGCAGAGCUGGAGGAGCAGAAGGUUGUCAAGGCCGAGCUGGAGAAGAUUUUGCAGUGCUUUGAUGGGCUUGAGAACAUCUGCAGGGAGCACGGCGCCGGCAACUUCAAGGAAAGCUUUGCCCUCCUGACACAGAGCUCUAAGAAAUUGCAGGAUGUGCUGAAAGAAGUUGAGGAGAAGAGCAAAAAAAUUAACCAGCAUGAUCAGUUAAUGUAAUGGAAAUUCCGAGAAGGCAGCAGAUGCCAUACAGAGAGCUUGCUUAAAAUGACAGGGGCUUCUCUUCCCCUUACUCCACUCGUGCUGCCAGGAUUUGGUCUGAAAGCUGUUAAACUGUGCCAGUUUGCUCCUCCCUAAGGCAGGAAGGGAAGAAAACAAUCCGAGUUACAUUUUACAAGCCAACUUCCUCAGUUUUGGGUCGAACAACCGGCGUUUGAAAACACUGAAUGUUACCUUUGAACACUAUGUAGCACUUCCCGUUUUAAGGGUUAUAAAAACCAAGCCUUGUUAAUACUUGUAGGAAUGUGUAGGCGUUUCCAGCCUGAGGUCAGUGAGGCCAUGGGGACUCUGCCCGUGGCCGAGGAGCUGCCUGGCCAUGGCUACGGUGCCUUUCUCUGUGUUUGGGAAGUCAGCAAGGAGGAAAUGCAGGGAGGAGGAUGACACUGAUGCUGGUGACAAGGUUCUGAUGAGAUCUGUUGGCAUCAAACCAAAUUUCAGCUCAGUUUCUGGAAUUUCAGGGUUCCUCACCAUUCCACCUGUGCUUGUGUUUCUCUCAGCACCAGAGCAGAAGCCACUGGAGGAAAUGAGCAAUUCCAUCACUUUGUCCUACUUCACCUUAUGUUGCUUUAUGUAUUUGUUUGGGGGUUUUUUUGUUGCCCAGUGUCCCUU